AUUUGCCCACGGCAUGCCUAUUGGUGUAUUGGUGACGUGAUGACUCGGAGGAGUUGGGCUCAACACUUUAUAAAGCUUCUCUGUCCGCGGCGAGCCAUUCUUUUUAAAGAAUACUGGUGCGGAAACUUCUCAUUCAGCAACUAACGUGCUGGAAGCAGACGAGAAACCUCAACAUUACCGGCCAUCAUGAGCGAGAGACAAGGUUCUGGAGCAGCUGCUGGCAACAACAAGACAUCUGGAGGACAAGAUGUAUCCAAGACGAACGUCCCAGAGGACUUUGACAUUGACAUGGACAACCCAGAGACCGAAAAGGCAGCUGUUGCCAUCCAGUCUCAGUUCAGGAAGUUCCAGAAGAAGAAGCGUGAUGAGAAGUCCUAGUGAGUGCCAUGUUGCUCUGCUGCUGUGUACAGAGAUGGCAAGUGGAAGCGAUGGCACAGUGAUGAUGGUGUGAUAUUUGCAUGUAUACAAAUUCAUACCAGUUGGAACUCUAGGGGUUGUGAUGGGGUUGGGGGGAGAGAAUGCAAUAGCUUGUUCAACAUAUGACAUGUCUGUGAAUUUGAAUUACACUAUUAUUAUAAAUACCAUUAUUUACCCGACUGCUGUAUCAAUAAAUAAGUAACAAAGAUUUGGUUUCUGUCCUGCCAUAUAUGUCCCAUAUAUCAAGUCCCAUGAGGUCUACCUGGUGUUUGUGUUAGAAUAUGUUUUUGUACUUAACCCAACCUCAUAGUUGCAUCAUCAUUUCUGUACUGUUUAGGACUACGUUUCCCAAAAUUACCUGUAUUUUCUGUGUGUAGAUGGUACAAAAGCUGGUGAUAGAAUGAAGAUUGUUUUUAGGAAACUAAGCCUGCAGCUUUCUAUCUUUAACAUUUCACCCAUCCAGAGCCAUUUUCUUAUCUGCAUGGUCCUAUCAAGCUGUGUAUCAAUGUACAUUGAAUAAAGAAAGACUGUGAGGAACUUGUGUAUGGUGAAUGUAAAUGCAAAACACCUGGAAUGAAAUGUCUCACCAACUACUGGAUGCAUAAGCGUCCACUCAUCUUUGAAGACUCAGUUUUCAAAGAUGAAUGGUAAUUUUGCCCCAGUCCAACACGAAGCCUGUGUAUUUGAUUUGCACAGAGACUGAGAAUACAGAGGUGAGGACAGUAAAAACAGUUAAAAUCUUCCUAUCACUCAACAAAAAAGUUGUUUAGGAGAUCUAUGACACAGAAAGAGAGAGCCACUGAGGCCUCAGUCAAACAGUGACAUUUUUUCACUAGGCUUAAAUGUGUUUUGUCUCAGACUGCCUUAAACUUGAGUGUAUGUUGCUUGUAAGUUAUAAGCAAGUUAAUAAAAGUAAUUUGCUUAUCACCAAUUGUUCUGGACCUUGAAUAGAAAUCAGAUUCAGAUCUUUGAAUAUGAAGUUUGAGAAUCUCUGCUGUAGACCAUAUUUGAGGACAGGGUUCAACCAUGCGCUUUAAUUAUUUUAUGGUGAACGUUUCCACAUGCAGCAGAAGUUACAAGUGCAACUUCACCCUCUGUCAAGGUGCAAAAAUGCAGGAAAACAAACUGUAAAGAAAAAUGUCUGGCAACACUUGCCGUAUUCCAAGCAACUUUAAUGCAAAGACAAAAGACCAAUGUGUUUCUGCAUAAAGCCUUUGUGUGGUUCAGUGGGUAGAGCAGUCGUCUCCCAAC